UUUGUGUUUAAAUUGUGGCCGCAAGUGAGAAUGCUGGGACUCUCAGCCCACGGCAACCCCCACCAUGGACUUCUCCCCCACCCCCUAGCCAAAAUGCAGACUAUGAUCGUCUUGGACAAGCCUUCGACCGAAGCCAACUCCACAUUCUUCCACCACGAAAACACCACCUUCUACAAGUCCACCCUCCACGAAAUCAGCACUAAGCCGUCCUCCGCCCUCAACAGCAGCGACUGGGGCCCGAAACGCGAUCCCCUCUCCAUCGUCAUCCCCAUCACCGUCAUCUACACCCUCACUUUCGUCAGCGGGGUGGUCGGCAACGUCAGCACUUGCAUCGUCAUCGCCCGCAACAAAUCCAUGCACACCGCCACCAACUACUACCUCUUCAGCCUCGCCAUCUCCGACCUGCUCCUCCUGGUGUCGGGUCUGCCCCCCGAGAUCUACUCCAUAUGGUCCAAGUACCCCUACGUCUUCGGCGAAGCCUUCUGCGUCAUGCAGGGCUUCGCAGCCGAGACUUCCGCCAACGCCACUGUGUUGACCAUCACGGCCUUUACGGUCGAGAGAUACCUGGCGAUUUGCCACCCCUUCCUGUCACACACGCUGUCCAAACUGAACCGCGCCAUCAAGUUCAUCAUCGCGAUUUGGAUGGUGGCCAUGUGUCUGGCCAUACCUCAAGCCAUGGCAUUUGGCGUGGUGUACGAGACUCUGGCCGAUGGGAGCUUGGUUGAAGAUCACUGUGUCUGCAUGGUGAAGCGACUAGUCAUACCACACGCUUUCGAAAUUUCCACGUUCUUGUUUUUCGUGGGGCCCAUGUCUCUGAUUACGGUGCUGUACGUGUUGAUCGGGCUGCAGCUGCACAAGUCGACGGUGCGGCCCUCGAGGGGUAAUAGUGUGAAGCUGAAGCACAGGGUGUACAAGCAGAUUAAUCCGGCUCUGGCCAAUGGGGAUGCUGGAGAGAAGACUGUGGAGGAGGAGGGGAGGAAGAAUUUCGCCAAGAAUGCACAGGCGACGAAGCACGUGGUGAAAAUGCUGAUUGCCGUCGUCGUGGCCUUCUUCAUCUGCUGGGCCCCUUUCCACGCCCAGCGCCUCCUCGCCAUCUACGGUCAACACACGUCGGCCAACAUGAUCCGGGCCUUCCAAGUCCUCACUUACGUCAGCGGGGUGUUCUACUAUCUUUCAACCACCGUCAACCCGCUCCUGUAUCACAUAAUGUCGCAUAAAUUUCGGGAGGCUUUUAAGGCCACCUUCAAGCAGUGCUUUCGCCGCGGCCACCACCGCACCCCCGGCGGAGGUAGGUGUUACUCGACAUUAUCGGGUCGCUCAUCGCAAGUAAACAGUCAUAGCAACACAGAUUCUUACAGCCGGCAGAGCUCGCUGCGCUACCUCGAUGCCGAGAUGGCACGUCUACACGACUCUCGAAGGCCACUGGUUGUUUCCUUCCGAAGGAAAAAGCCUUCGCAAGUCCCGGCGCGCAGAGCGCACAAGCAAGUCACCAUUUACGACUACAGCGACGUGCAGGAGGCGCUCACCAACGUGAGCGAGGACGUGGUGGAGGUGCACAGCCUGCAGCCGACGCACAUCUGCCCGCUGAACGCCGGCCGGCUGGAGGCGAGGGCGGGCUCGCUGAACUGGGGCAGGGACAAAGGCGCGGCGGGCUUGGUCAAGUCGUGCACGAUGCCGGAGAUUGGCGGAGGCUGCCUGGUGGGGAUGCCGCGGGUGGGGCGCAGCGAGAAGAGGGAGGAUCUGACGAGAGUGGAGGAGUUCAGGAUCGCGCUUUCAGUCAAUUAAGUUUAGGAGUUAGGAGAUAUGAUUGGCUGUGUUAUGAAUAAGAAAUGAAUUGGAGGUUUCCAGUUAUGUAAUAGUACUAACACUGGAGGCGUAAAUGCUGUCAUAAAUUGUGUAUUGAUGGUGUUACUAUUAUUAUUUUUUGCUCUGAUAUCGUGUUGUUAAAUGUGGGUUUUUGACUAAGAGUUAUUUAUUCUAGAGUCUGUGUUUUUUGUUGUUGUUGUUGUUAUAUGAUAGUUUGUGCAACGAAAUGGAGUUUUCUAUACACUUUCUACUCGAUUGUUCGAUUUCUUGGAAAAUGGAGAUAUUUUAACAAGUUUUGUAAUGUUUGUACCUGACUUUUGGA